AUGGGCGGCAACGUCCCUCGCAAGCUCAACGCCGUCAAGCAGGCGCUCGAGAACCUCCGUACUGGUCCCUCCGCACGACCGCUCCCCAAGAUCGUUGACAUGCUGUCCGUGCGGGCGAACCACGUCAAGCACAACGCAGGAGCACGGCAUUGGGUCAAGCAGGCCCUGCCCUCGCUGCGGUAUGCGAACCCCGACGUACGGUUCGCGAUGGAGGAUAUUCCGAAGGUCACGCAGAAGGAAGAGGCAGAGAUGGCGCCGGACGCACCACGACCUUGGAAGCAGGAACCGGGUCUGACAGUCACUUUCCACGAAAACACCGGGCUCAAACCCGUCUUCUACCCCCUCCCCUCCCAACGAGCCGACAAGCUCAUCGCGCGGUUCUGGACGACCUUUGGCUCAGAAGAGGCGUUGCGGGCUUUCGCGCAGGGCAAGGCGAGCGUGAGCGACACGCAGAAGAUCCAGGGGGCGAGGGUGCAGCCGGAGGAUGUCGAGGCGGAACAGCAGGAACCGGCGGCGGAUGUGGCGGCUGGGGCGGAGGCGAAGGAGGCGGCGUAG